AUGAAUUCCAAUUUCAGCCAGUUGGCAUCACAGCUAACUUCACAACUCUCCCAGAUACAGGGACAACAACAACAACAACAACAACAGCAACAGCAACAGCAACAGCAACAGCAACAGCAACAGCAACAACAACAACAACAACAACAACUACUACAACAACAAACUCAACAACCUUCUUAUAUAGUACCAUCUUUUAACAACAGUAAUUCAAUAUUCAACAGUGGAUCAGGAGAUCAAUUAAAUAUUAAUAAUUUAAACAAUAACAACAAUAAUAAUAAUCAUUUAAAUAUGAAUUAUUUCCAAUCACAAGCACAAACACUUUCAUCAAUCCAACAGCAACAACAUAUACCACAAUACUAUAAUAAUUUAAGUAAUAGUAGUAGUAGCAGUAGUAGUAACAUUAAUAAUCAUGCAGAGUUUACAGUACCUGCAUUAUUGAUCAAUGCAAACUCAUUUGCUUCGUCAUCGUCACACUCUUCAUCGUUGUUUGGCAACAAUAAUCAGAACGAUCAAAAUCUAAAGCGAGCCAAAAAAUCAGUAAAGACAGGACUCUAUAGUAAAUCAUCGAGAAAUGUUGGAGCGUCGAGCAACAACAAUAGCAGUUUAUUGGCAUCAUCAUCAUUUUUAUUCGACUCACAAUCAACCACUGUAUCAAAUACGACACCAACAACAACCUCUACAACAACAACAAUCACACCAACUAUCAAUACAAACAACAACAACAACAAUAAUAAUAAUCAAUCCAAUUAUUUAUUUAAUAACAACAACAAUAACAAUAGCAAUAAUAUUUCUAAAUCGAUUCAUACUUCACCAUUGAUUUCUUCAAUGUCACCACCAGCGACACCAACCACAAUUCACACAUCAUCCAGUUUAUUUAUUAAUGACAAUAUUCCAUCAUCACCUAUUUCAUCACCAUGUAUAAAUUCUUUUACUCCUUAUGAAAAUAACAAUAAUAAUAAUAGUAACAAUAGUAAUAAUAAUAAUAGUAAUAUUAACAACAAAAAUAGUAAUAAUAACCAAAAUAGUUUACAUAGUAUAUAUAAUGAAUUAGUUAGUAUAUCAAAUAAUAGUAAUAUUUCAUCAACAUUAGCACCUGGAGAAUCAAGGAAAAUCAUUGCAAAUCCAAAUUUAAUAAUUACACCACCAACUAUUAUCAAUAAUGGUUCUACACCCAAUAUUUUGACACCUACAUCCACUACACCACCACAACAACCUUCUUUACCACCACCUCCUCCUCCAAGUAUUUCACCAUUGUUAAACGCUUUUAAUCAACAUAUCACACGAGAAAGUGGACAUUGUUCACAUCUCUGGUUAUCACAAUAUAAACAAUUAAUCAAUCAUUAUCAUCAACAACAUCUAACAUCAUCAUCACCAUCAUCACCAAUCUUACUACCAGCCACAAGCAAAGAUAAUUACUUGGGUCUUUUUAAUAUCGAUAUAGUUUGUAGUGAUCUUACAGUCCUCUCGAAACUAUUCAUUGGAUGUUUUACAACCGUUAGAAUUGUAAAGAAUAACCAUUGUCAUUCAAAGUACCUAAACAACAAUAACAAUAGUAGUAGUAACAAUAACAUUGAGAGUAGUGGCAACAACAACAACAACAUCACAUCAGUGAGAGUAUUCACUGUUUUAAAUGGAAGUGUUGAUGAGGUUUGUCUAGGCGUCAUUCCUCAGUCAAUGGCAUGGUGGAUGUCGAUUCUCAUGGAGAACAAAUACAUACAGAUGGAAUCAUCGAUCGUUCUCAUCAAUAUUAAAACACUAAAGGUGGAACUGGAGGUCAAGUUCUACGAUGGCAUCAAAAAGGAAUCUGUCAAUCGAGAUCACAUCUUGGCAAAGGCAUGGCUACAAAUGGGUCUGGAACUACACCUCACCAGCAUUGACCAAGCGCCAAACUUGAUGUCAACAUCAUCGCCACCGACUCUCACAGUUUGUCAACCAUCGAUUACCACUUCACCAAGUUUGAACAAUUCAUUCUCAAGCAUUUUUUUGGCGGCACCGACCACUUCCACAUCACUGGGCAACAGUUUCGGUUCGAUUUCAACCUUUAAUUUUUCACCAAGCAAUUCAUUCUCCUCUAUCAUCACACCACUCUCGCUGUACUCACCGGGCAAUUCAUUCUCGUCGAUUCCUGUUCACACCGCUGGUGCCACCAACUUUUCCAGUAGUACGGGUGACCUCCCCAACUAUCUCAACAACUCAUCGUCGUCACUCAAUAUCAGUCUUGAUUUUCUGUCGAGUUCUCGUAAUCUCAAUCCAAAUUCACUGCGAUCAAGCAGCUCCGAUGUUCUCGGCAAGUCGAUGGAGUCGAUUUUCAAACAAAAGAUUGAGGAUUUCUACACCAACACCUGUGUCGACGAGAUGGAUUCGCCCAAAGGAUUGAAACUGUCACUGAGAAACUACCAACGACAAGCAUUACACUGGAUGUAUCAGCGUGAACACUCCAGUCCAAACGAGCACCUCUCACUGAACGAACUGGAUGCGACCGGUCUCAGCAGUGAACAACUCGAAUUCAUCAAGGGUGGACUGCUCUGUGAUGACAUGGGAAUGGGUAAAACCAUUGAAAUUCUAUCAAUUAUAUUGGCCAACAAAUAUAACAAUGACAACAAUGAUAAUAAUAAUAAUAAUAAUAGUAAUAGUAAUAAUAGUAGUCCACCACUUUUAAUGAAUGAUAACAACAACAACAAUGGUAACAAUAAUAAUUCAUCUCAACAAUCAAAGACAACAUUAAUUAUAUGUCCUGUUUCAGUAUUACAACAAUGGUAUAAUGAAUUGGUGAAUCACACAGAGCCAAGUUUGAAUGUAUAUAUCUAUCAUGGACCAGGUAGAAAUCGUGAUAUCAACUUCCUGUCUUCUUUCGAUGUGGUUCUCUCUACCUAUACAACAUUGUCUGCCGAGUAUCCCGAUGAGAAAGACGGUGGAAACGGUGCGGAUUCCGAUCAGCACAGUGGCGAUUCACUCAGUAAGAGCAGUAAUCUAUUUGUAAAUAGCUCAUUCCAACCGUUGGUUUCACCUUCGACACAAUCACUGUCUAGCUCCACCUCAUCGCUCUCAUCCAAUUCAGUGUUGGCCAAGAAGCGUAAGCGUGGAUCCAAGAAGAACGAUAGCAACGGUGGACUUUUGGCAGUUCAUUGGUUUAGAGUGGUACUAGACGAGGCACACACCAUCAAAGAGAGACUUACACGUACGACCAAGGCUGCUUGUGCACUCGACUCUCAAAUCCGUUGGUGUGUCACUGGUACACCCAUACAAAAUAAACUGGACGAUCUGUUCUCACUGCUCCACUUCCUUCGUGUUGAACCAUACUCUAACUUUUACUGGUGGAAUCAAUACAUUAUCAAACCAAGUAAGAAUAGAGAUGAGAAAGGUUUUUCAAGAUUAAGAAUAUUAUUAUCAAAGAUAUUAUUGAGAAGAGUUAAAGAUCAAAAGAUGAAUAAUACCCCGAUUUUAGAUUUACCAGACAAGUCCAUUGUAAUUAGACGUGAUCCUUUCAAUGAGGAUGAAUUGGAAAUUUACCAAGAGUUGUGGAAUGCUUCCAAGAAAAAGUUUAUCAACUUUUUUCAGAGUGGUACUCUGUUGAAAAACUAUGCACACAUCUUGGAGUUGCUUCUAAGACUUAGACAGAUAUGCGACCAUCCCUAUCUCGUAAGAAAUAUCCUCAAGGACAAACUUUUUUCAUUCGAAGAACAAGAUGUAUCUGAAGAACUCAACAAACUACUAGAAUCCAUCAAGUCCAACGAUCCUCAGAUCACUCCAAACGUACUUGGCCAACGAUUAAAGAAGAUUCUUGGCAAAGAGAUAGAAGAUCAAGAGUGUAUCCUAUGUAUGGAGACAUUAGAUAAUCCAUAUCUUACAACCUGUGGUCAUUUAUUCUGUAAAGAUUGUAUCAUGAAAUAUAUUUCACAAGAUGAUAAUAAUAAUAAUAAUAAUAACAAUAGUAAUAAUAUUAAUGUUAUUGCAAAUGGUAUUAGUAAUAAUGGAAAUGAUAGUAAAAAUAAUGUUGAUGAUAUAGAUGGGUCACAACAAUCUAAAUUAUCACCUUCAUUCCAACUACCUUUGGCCACCAACAAACAACUUACACCGACCUCACCCAACUUUGGAUUGAAUCUAUCGUUGAAUGGUGUUCCAACUUAUACCUCACCAAGACAACAGAACCCAUUGAAUGUAUCGUCCAACUGUGUUGCAAUCAGUCCAGUCAAUUCACCACAACUUCCAUCGUCACCCUAUAUUGCAUCACCCAUUUCAACAUCAAGCAACAGUGUCCCAAUUCCUUCAUGUUCGAUCACUUCCAACCCCAACUCACCAAAUGAGAUAAUAUUCAAAUGUCCAACAUGUAAAUCAGAAUUACUUAAAUCACAAUUGAAAUCAGUAUGUUUCAGUAAAUCACCAACCAUUACUUCAACAACAGCAACAACACAAGCAUCUCAACAACAGAAUAGUAAACUGACAGUCGACAACUGGAAGAGUAGUACAAAGAUAGAUGCGUUGAUGCAAGAGUUGGAUAAGGUCAUGGAAAAUGAACCCGAUUCGAAAUCACUUAUAUUCUCACAGUGGACAUCGAUGCUCGAUCUCAUUGAGAUUCCGCUGCAGAAGAAAGGCAUUGCGUUUGUGCGACUCGAUGGAAAAGUUCCUCAGAAACAACGUGAGAUAUCGAUCCGUAGAUUCAAAGAGGAACCAAACAUCAAGGUGUUCUUGAUAUCAAUGAAGGCCGGUGGACUUGGUCUAAACUUAGUGGUUGCCUCUCACGUCUUCCUUCUAGAUCCAUGGUGGAAUCCAGCCACUGAGGAGCAAGCCAUCGACAGAGUCUAUCGUAUAGGUCAAAACAAGAAUGUUUUUGUUACGAGAUUUGUUAUAAAGGAUUCAAUCGAAGAAAGGAUUUUGAAACUUCAACAGAAUAAGAAGAAUCUCGCACAAGAUACUUUGCAAAUGAAGAAACAGAUAAGAAUUGAAGAAUUAAAGAUGUUAUUCGGUGAUGAUUAG